AUGUGGCACGCUUGUAUAUUAUUUCUGGUGUCAAUCGCCUUGCUCUGCUCCGCACAGCGUCCGCCGCCGCCAUUUGAAAAUGAGCCUGCACGGUUUUUUGUCGCAGCGGAGAUAACGUUUCCAAGGUCACAGGAUGUCUCGAUUUCUAGCUCACAAGAGACAGAGGAGAAAAACUGGUACAGUAUUCGUAACUUCCGCUUUCACCAAGCUCAAGGAAUUCCGCAGCCAAAGCACCGACAGCGUGGACCAGCCCCCAGUCCAGGAGACCCAUUUCCGCCGCCACCGGGCGGUUUACGGGGAAGGAAAAAACAAAAACCGAACCAGCAACAACGUCGUCUAUGCGAGAGAAAAUAUUCCGAGUACGUAGAGCGCGUUUUCCCAAAUGACCCGGCAGUCAUCGAUGACGCAAAUGACGAAGACUUUGAUGGCCGCAUUCUUGCCCAGCCAGGGGAAUACCCUCACAUGGUGGCUGUGGGAUAUGAGACGAAUACCCAGCAAAUCGAAUACAAGUGUGGAGGUAGCCUGAUAAGCGAGAACUUUGUUCUGACUGCCGCGCAUUGCACAGCAAAUGAUGGAAUCUCGCCGCGGUGGGCGCGCAUUGGCGACUUGAAUCUAAAAGUGCGGCCGACCCAACAAAUCCCAAUAGGCGCUAUCUACAAUCAUCCCGAUUACAAGGCCGAUCUGUACUACAAUGACAUUGCACUGUUGCAGCUAGAGCAGAACGUCAUCCUGACUGAAUUUGUGCGACCCAUACGUCUGUGGGUCAGGCCAGAAUUACCCACUACAAUUGUCUUUGCCAUGGGUUAUGGCGCCACAUCCUUUGCCAAAGGCAUGACGAAUCGCCUGACUGAUUUGAAUCUUACUAUCGUUCCCAAUGACGAAUGUAACCAGGAGCUGCCCCUUCUUUCAGAAGCGCCAAGUGGAAUAAUACAAAGUCAGAUCUGUGGUCAAGAUUACAUUCUCAACCGUGACACUUGCCAGGGAGAUUCGGGCGGUCCACUGCAGCUGAAUUUGCAAGGCCUCAAAAGUCGCCAGAAAAUACAUUACCAUCUAAUAGGCAUUACUUCUUAUGGGGUGUUCUGUCGUAGCAGUUACCCCAGCGUCUACACGCGUGUCGCCUCGUACCUGGAUUGGAUUGAGGGCGUGGUAUGGAAUGGCAGUUGAACUGAAUUAAAGACUCGUUUCGUGUACAUGUUUUUUAUAUUACAAAAAUAUUAUAACAAACUGAUAGUUGCAAA